CAUGAAAUGUAUGGAACAGCAAAACAGAGCAUGAUUACUCUGUUUUUCCCCCCACCACCUUUUUCCUCCCCUGCCCUACUCUGUUUUCCACACUCCUCCAUCUCCCUCUAUUUUAACCCACUUUCCCCCCAAACCCUCACUUCUCAUUCCUUAACCAUCUAAACUUCCCUUCCCUUCUCUCUUCCACACGUCGCAAAUGUCGCAAAUCUUCUCACCAUCCCCUAAACACUGCGCCAUAGCAAACAACAAACGGUACCUCGCAAACCUCCCCAAACACUUACCAUUCAACAAGAAGCUCAUCUACUUCAUCUCAUCGCUCCUCACCUCGAUCCUCUGCUUCAUCUUCAUCAUUUACUUCACACUCCGCCCUUCCAAGCCCCAAUUCGCCCUCCAGCAGGCCGACGUCUACCAGCUCGUCCUCCUCGCCCCGACCAACCUCCUCAAUUCCUCCAUCCAGCUCACCUUCCUCUCCACCAACCCGAACCAGCGAGUCGGCAUCUACUACGACGAGUUCCAGGUCUAUGCGGCCUACAGGGGUCAGCAGAUCACAGCCGAUACUCCGAUUCCCGGGUUCUACCAGGGACAUCAGGAGACUAAUUUGCUGACGGCUUCUCUGGUUGCAUCCGGGCUGCCUGUUGCGCCGUCGUUUCGCUACGAGGUGGGGCGCGAUCAGGUUGCUGGGAGGAUGGUUUUGAGGUUGAAGGGGAGGGGGAAGCUGAGGUGGAAAGUUGGGAGCUGGGUUUCUGGUGGGUAUAGGUUUAAUGUGGAUUGUGUUGCGGUGAUGCCGUUUGGGGAUUCGAAUUCGCCGUCGUCGGCAUCGUCUUCGGGUCCUCUGAGUUCCAGGCCGCAGGGGACUCGUUGCUCUACUGAUGUUUGAAGUUUCAAUUCAAGUGGUUGAGUGCUUGUUUGUUAAAAAGCAGUUAAAAAGGUGUUUGACAGUUGAAGUAGUGUGUGAUUAGUCUCCUCCUCCUCAUAUGCUCUGCUUCAAGCUCUGUUUUCCUGUGUUGAUCAUGGGUAUGAUUGCUGUAAGGGAAGAUUAAGAUAUAGUGGUUGUUUAGUGACAAAAGGAUUUCUCGGUUUCAUUUUUUUGUGCAUAAUAUAAGGUGAGAGGGGCGAAUGGGUAGCAGAGAGUUGGAGAAGAUAAGAUGAUGGAGGAAGAUAUAAAGGCGGGAAAGUGAACCUUUUCUGUAUUGCUUCUGCUUCUGCUUUUGCUUUGUAUUGAUAUAUAGUAAUAUGAAAGACUGCAAAUUUCUGGGUUCUUGGAUCUUCAGGAUACUGGGAUGAAUAUGCAAAAACAGAGAAAGAGAAGGGAAUAAUUCCAUUCCUGGGAUUCAUCAACCUUUUACUCUGCUUCUGAAAGUUAACUUCUUUAUGCAUCCAGCCAAGAGCAGUAUCUUACAGUUUCCAAGAAUCUUACUGAAUGGAUAAAAAAUCCUAUAAAAUUUCAUCCGAUCAACUGCAAACUGUAACCAACACCGUUAAGACUGCGAGGGAAAUUGGCCAGAGUAGUGACCCAGCUGCUUUCACAAGUGGUUGAGUUAAAGUUUUGCUUUCCAAUUUCCCUUUUUGCUCCAUGAUUGCUCCUUUUUCCAAGUGCCGCUUUUUGAAAGAGCAACAGGUGUUCUUGUUUGUAGCUUUUCACUAUUGCGUGUAGUAACGUCCAGAACACAAAAUUGUUGUUAUAUUAUAGCUAAUCACACAGAAACUGGACUUUUCAGCACCUCUCCAGAUGGAGAGGACAGCACUAAGACAAAAUCUAGCGAGAGUGGAGCUCGUGUUAAGGUCUGCUUUGGCGGAAAGCAGGCCCUGAUGGACGCAAAAGAUAGAUAGAUUGCCCACACAAUUCAAAAGCUGACGAGCUUUUUGGAGAUAUCUCCUACCAGAAGAGUGGAAAAGUAGUUCAUGUUAACUCCCCAACCACCUCAUGGUAAUGGUACAUGGUCAAUAUACACAAAGCUGUCCC